CCUAGAUGCGAACUGGCAGCAGCGUGCUGCGCGGGCACAGACACACACACACACACCCACACACACACGCGCGCACCCGUUCGCGAGCACCCGGGCAGCAAGACGAGCCAACCGUCUGCGUAUACGUGCGUGCUCGCGUCCGCCGCUCUGCAUAAACAUCGUUAUACAUUACCGUACCUCCUCCUCGCUGUCGUCGGCACAUCGUCGUCACCACCACCACCACCACCGUCGCCACACCAGCACCAUGCUCAUUGCGUCGACGGUAAAUCAGCUGUCGCAGUUCGGGACGAGGUUUGGCGACCACGGCACAUCAUUGCAGCCGACGUUUCAGACGAACGCUUCCGCCUCGAUGCAGCGUUCACCGUUCGGCAUCCAGGAGCUACUGGGGUUGGGAGGCGGCCAGCAUAGCGGGCCCGACCGGCGGCACGAGCCGACGAUGUCGCUCCCAAGCGUUCCCGUCAGCAGCAUGUACUCGACAGUACCUGUGUCGUUAAACAGUGGCCAGUACACGGGCUUCACAGACCCGUCUCAGUCGUACUUCGCCAAACCGCCGACAUUUCUGCCGAACUUCUCGUCGUCGGCUGCGUCGCUGGCGGGCCACGGCGGUCAGCCGCUAUUGAACUUUGGAGCAGCCGGGAGCAUGCAUAACGUCAAUUCGUUACCGUCGUUACAACACCACGCUUCUUCAGCCAAAGAUACUGACGAUGAAAGGAACGGAUUUCUACAGCGGACAGGUGUGGCCGGAGGCAAGAAAAAGAAAAAGAAGCGGAGGCAUAGGACGAUAUUCACGAGUUAUCAACUGGAGGAGUUGGAGAAAGCAUUUAAAGAGGCACACUACCCGGAUGUGUACGCGAGAGAACUGCUCUCGCUCCGGACCGACCUACCCGAGGACAGAAUCCAGGUGUGGUUCCAGAACAGACGGGCAAAGUGGAGAAAGACGGAGAAGACGUGGGGCCGCAGUACGGUGAUGGCCGAAUAUGGUCUAUACGGAGCCAUGGUGCGCCAUUCUCUACCUCUACCAGAAAGCAUUCUCAGCUCCGCCAAAGAGGGAAUCGUCAACUCGUGCGCCCCUUGGCUUCUCGACUCAACGUUUAUUUGUGCAGGCAUGCACAAGAAGUCGGUUGAGGCAGCGGACGUGCUCAAGGACGAUUGCGACACGAGCAACGAUGGCGACCAUGCCGACGACAAGCUGGACGAGGCAGCCGAUAACCCGACGCACCGCGAGGAGAGGCGCUCUAACAGCAUAGCCUCGCUGCGACAGAAAGCGCAGGAGCACGCGGCGAAGAUCGUCGGCUGUGCCGACUACCAGGGGGAGCCACGCGUCGACCGCUCGUCGGAGGCGACGAGCGGUAACAAUAACUCCAGCGACGAGGACUGCUCGCCGGGCCACGCGAUGAACGAAUGAGCGCGACGGUAGUUUUGCGCGUGGAGUUGUUUAGUGGCGCCACCUGACGGUAUCGUUGUUUACUAUCGCUGCAGCUUCACACGCUCUCGAUGCUCGUCUGUCGUUUGGCGGGUGAAUAGUGACGAGGGUGACAUUCGCGAAAGCUAACGGCAAAACACCGUGACAUUACGUCGGAAUCAUGAUUAUAUUUCUUUAGAUUAGGAAGCUACGUGAAGUGAGCUUUCUAAUGGUGAAACUACCUCUCGAUGUUUUACAAUACAUCGCUUCAAAUUGUGUUUGUACACUGAAGGCACAGUAAAUACACGGCUGACAAUACGCGGACAUAUAAAUAUACUCUCACUACUAACAGUGUAGGUGAGAUUGCGAAGAAAGUCCUGACUAGUAGCAACCACGCAUUCUUCAACUUUAGUUUCUUCUGCACAGAACCGCUUCUAUAAUACCCGCAGAAUCAACACCAAGGUUAAAUAACACUGAAAUUUUUAAGGGCAAACAGUUGUGCUAAAGGGGUCGUUGUCGUAUAUGUAGCACCCGAAGUGUCAGCGAGUAUGUCGCCUACGCCUACUCCC